AUUGAACCUGGACACCCCAAAUCCGGGUUUAUAAAACCGCUUCUUCCUCAUUCAGACUUUCACAGUUGAACCCAUUUCGUCUCUUUGUCCCCGAUUUCCACACACAAAUCGCUUCCGUUUUUCUCUCCGGAAUCAAAUUCAAUCCAAUACUCAAUUGAUGGCUCCGACACUAGCGUUGCGCCGCCGGGAAUCGACGCCGGAGAUGACGGAGGAGCUGAGAAAGAGGUACGAGGAGAUGGAGAAGGAGUUGAAGAGUAGCCGGGAACGAGAGGAGAAGAUGAGGAGAGAGUUAGAGAGGACGUGGCAGAGGUUGAGGGUGGCGGAGGAGGCGGAGGAGCGGCUGAGCUCUCAGCUCGAUCGGCGAGCUGGAAGCGGAGGCGGUGGACCAGGCGCGUGCGUACAGGGCGCGUGUUAUGUCGUUGAUGGAUCAGCUUUCUGCUGCUACCAAGCUAAUCCCUCCCGCGCCUUCGGUUCACCUUAAUUGUUAGAUCAUUAGGGUGUGAUUAAUUAAUUGAUUUCUAAUCUGUAAUCUUGUAGUGUAAUAAAAAUACAAAAUUUAUAUGUAUAUGCAGUAAUCUUGGUGUAAUCUGCUCCAUCUCUUAUUUCAUCUCAUCCAAACUGGGUUGAACAUACAUUCCAAUAUUCCAUGGUUAUUGGAGAUGUGGACUAGAUGGUGAUGAAACUUUUUAAGAUAUAAAAUAUUAUGGAUUCAUAUGGUUUAUAUUUGAUCUUACAACCAAUGUCAUCAAUUA